AUGGAUACGUUCAAUACCUGCGAAAACACUCGGAAAGAGAUCGAGCGUGCGGAUUGCUUGGUAGAUACUGACCGACUGAGUGGGAGCGGCGACGGCGCCGACGGCGCGGCGACUGCUUGCAGUGAGCUCGCGGACACCGCACCGGCCGCUCGUCUACGACGGUCGGUCAGCGAGGCGUCAACUACCGAGCAGUCUGACGGUGGUAAGCUCGCUGACAGCGAGCUGUCUGCUGAUUUAUGA